AAUUAAAUAAACGAAAGAACAGUGCAAGAGCGCAUCAACAAACCCACCAAGAGAAAAUUUUCACUCUCGAUUUUGCCUUGCGCACUGCGAUUUCUUUGCAGUUUCCACCCUCCAAUUCUGACAUUUCUUGACGCGAUUUUGGCUUUACCAACUUAUAGAAACCAUCUUCUUCUUCCUCCGUUGUUUAGACCUCUCAAAAUUUGUGCUUCUUCACGAGUCUUUCUGAGCACUACUUUUCCUCUCUCUGGGAAAAAUUAGGUUAUCUUUUUAGGUCGAGCCAAAUUUUGAGAAAUUUACUUCUUAAUCUGCCUCUGAAUCAAUUUUGCAAGAACAGAGAUAAUGUCCGGUGCAAAGAAAUCUCAUUUGAAGAAUGCUAAACCUAGUUCUGUUGAAUCUUGGACUAAUCCAUUUGAUUCUGAUGACGAGGAGAAGAAUACCAAAAAGUAUUCUUCCUCGAGAAAGACUUCUUCGGAUCGCGCACUAGUUACGCUGGAAGUUAACACCAACCCCUUUAAUGAUGACAUUGAUGCCACUAAGAAAUCAUCAUCGUAUGCCUUUCAAUCGGCCAACCGGAACAGGUACAAGAAUGAUUUUCGCGAUUCAGGUGGAUUAGAGAAUCAAUCGGUUCAAGAACUGGAGAGUUAUGCUGUUUACAAGGCUGAAGAGACCACGAAUUCAGUCAACAAUUGUUUGAAGAUUGCAGAGAAUAUAAGAGAGGAUGCCACCAAAACACUAGUCACCCUUCAUCAACAGGGUGAACAAAUUACCAGGAGUCACCAUGUUGCUGCUGACAUUGACCACGAUUUAAGUCGGGGGGAAAAGCUCUUGGGAAGCCUUGGUGGCCUCUUCUCCAAAACUUGGAAACCAAAGAAGACACGAGCAAUAACAGGCCCAGUUAUUGUUGGAGAUGACCCAGUGAGGAGCAAGGGCAGUCAUCUUGAGCAGAGAGAGAAGUUAGGACUGACAUCUGGCCCCAAAGGGCAGUCCAAGCUGCGGACCCCACCUCAAGAACCAUCCAAUGCACUUGAAAAAGUAGAGGUUGAAAAAGUGAAGCAAGAUGAUGCACUAUCAGAUUUAAGUGAUCUGCUGGGAGAGCUUAAAGAUAUGGCUGUUGACAUGGGAUCCGAGAUUGAGAGGCAUAACAAAGCAUUGAAUCAUCUGUACGAUGAUGUGGAUGAGUUGAAUUUCCGAAUGAAAGGUGCUAAUCAACGUGGCCGUCGCUUGCUCGGAAAAUAAGAAUGAUUUCCACACUUGCUAAAAAUUUUAUUACCUCCCCUACCCUCUUUCAUCAUUGUUUCUUAUUUGGAUCUAUCACUUGUUAUAAUAAAACAAUCUUUUCAUUUACUUUAUACCUCUGUUGCAUUGUAUUCAAUUUGCAACAGAUUCAACUGUUCUUUUUGCAAUACUACAUUCAAUUUGUUCAUUUCUCA